UGUGCUUAAUUUUUUAGUUUAAAGCGUUUAUAGUGAUUGAAAAGUAGAUACAUAACGAUAUUGGUGUAAUACUUGACAGCAGUUUCGUCAUUAGUGUUGCCGUUGCGCUUUGAUAGCGAUGUUCUAGAGUUCUUUAAAUUUUUUCUAACACUUUGAAAACUUUCGUAAAUCUGGAAACGUGAAUCAGCCGAACCGAACGACACAAUGCCAUUUGUUGCGCCCAAGAGCACUACCACCAGCACCACUGGACGCACCACUUUUCGGCCGCCAUGGGUGAAAGAGGAUUCGAGCGCCAAUGCAAAGCCCUCGGUGCCGUGGGCAAAGAAGACGGUUGCCACAACAGCCGAUAAAGAUAAGGACAAGGAGAAGGAAAAGGAAAAUGGUGAAAAGACGACAACUACGUUGGCGGCCAAGAAGACAACGACACCAGUAAAAAAAGUUAAUGAAACAGUKGCGUCGGCCAAAAAGACUGUUGAGCCCGUCAAGAAAGCAGCAGUGGAGCCGUUGAAAAAGAACGCUGAGCCAGCGAAAAAAGUGAUUGAGCCAGUCAAACGUGUAGUAGAACCCGCUAAGAAAGUAGUUGCACCCGUUAAGAAGGCGCCAGAGCCUGUCGUAGCCAAGAAGCCAGCAACCACAACGGCAACAAAAUCAGCGGCAGCAACGGUAAAGAAGAAGGAACCAACACCAUCGUCAUCGGAAGAAGAGGAGACUGAAGAAGAAGAGGAAGAAGAAGAGACUGAGGAAGAGGAGAGUGAGGAAGAAGACGAGGAAAGUGASGAGGUGGCAGAUGACAUAGAAGUGGACGAUCUCGAAGGACUGUCCGAUUUAGAGUUUUCCGAAAACGARUUUACACAACCAUCGUUGCGGUUGGGCGUGAAACUAAAGAAGACACCACAAGUCAAAAAGAAGGAGAAUGAAAGUGAGUUAUCAAGACGCUUCUCAAUUGAAAAACCAAAAUUACGACCGGUCUUGGUCAAGCGUGACAAGUCCAUGAAAAAAGUUGAAGGUGAUAGCGACAAUGACGAGGACGAAGAAGAAGAACGUGAACGUCAAUUGCGUUUCAAAUUAGAGAAACCUAAAUUGAGACACGUUAAACGCGAAGAGAAACCCUUGCCAAGCAAGAGUACCGAGGAUAUUAUGAAAAUACGGCCCGUUUUGAAAAAGGUGAACAAAAUCGACRAAAUACUCAAAGAGCCGAAAGAAGAGCCAAAACCCGAAUUCAAAACUAAACAGUUGCGUAAAGCACCGUCAAUCAAACGUGAGCCCAGCAAGAAAAACGUUCCCGCACCACCACCGCUGCCAUCACUGGUGCCCAAAGCACCACCACCACCACCGCCACCAUUGGGCGCUCCUGGCGAGAAGCGAAAUCUAACAGAAACACAAAAGGUCACCUUAGAAAAGCUUAAGACGCGACCGCGCAGGCGUCCAGACUGGUCAGAAAUGAUGAAGGAGGUGGAGUCUGGAAGGAAAUUGCGCCAUGUGGAAUGCAAUGACAGAUCUCAGCCGAUUCUUACAUGCAAGUCGAUGACGAAAGUGGAUAAUAAGUUUAUAUACGAAACUGAAAAAGAUAACUCACACAAUAAAUUGCUUAAACAAAUUCAGGGUGGCAUUAAACUAAAGCCCACACAAACGAACGAUCGUAGUAAACCUAUUCUUGGGGGCUUGCGAAAGUUCCGUAAACAAAUGACUAUAGAGGAACAAAUUCAAAAGUCUCAAUCAAAGAUUAAUCUGUUAGCAGAGGCUGCUACCGCAGCUGUUGGCGCCGCUGGAGCUUCUGGCAGCAGCGAUCCAGCCGCUAUAACAAAUAGCAUUGUGGCCGCACUUUCGAUAGAUGAUCCAAGCGGUGAUGAACUCGACGACAUUGACACAAUACGUGAUGAUCUACAGAGUACGAAGCAAAUGUUGGCGCUUGAACUGCGCAAUCGCGAAGCCCAAGAUCGUGAAAACAAGAAAUUACUUGCGCAAAUAGCUACACUAGAAGCGGAAUUGGAGCGCGAAAAAUCACGUGAAAAGAAUCUGGAAUAUGGUUCUCGUGUUAUUGUGGCGACCAUGGAUCCUACAACGGCCAGCGAGGAGGCAUACUUGAACUCACUGAAGCAAGAAGCGGAUGAUGCUCGCAAAACAGCUAAAGAUUUAGAAAAGAAAUAUUUAGAUACAGGCGAGUUACUUGAUCAAGCUAAGAGUGAGAUUGAUGAACAAAAACGAACGAUACAGAUGCUGGAGCGCAAAUUAGCGCAAGCUUUGCAGGACGAACAAACAAGCAAACCAUGCCCCAUAUGCGCUAAAAGACAACAAGCUAAAUAUUUUUAUUCAUACGAUGACUCAGACGAUGCAGAAACAUGCUUUGGCUUUGAUAACUUUGCUAAUGGCUUUACUAACAAGGGAGGUGGUUCUUUGAAUGGAUCCCGACGUCCGAGCGACGUGCAUGGUGGUCGUGAUAGCUCYCCUGAGUUAGAUUUAGAAAUGAGCGAGAGUGAUCCAGAUGAACCGGAGGAGAAGAAGUUGGAACGGCGCGAUCGUCGCAUGGCAAAGGAAGUGAAAGUGCUUCGAAGCAAAUUAACAAAGGUAAAGGUUAAACGUGAAGCAGCUAAAAAGGAAAAAUUAGCAUUGAAGCAAGCUAUGAAGAAGAAUCAUGCUAUACUCAAAGAGGAGAAUAAAAAGUUUAAAAAACUUGAGAAAGAGGUUCAAAAGAUGGCUGCUUCCAUGAAGGAGGAGGAGGAAGACGAGGAUGAUGAUGAAGAAAAGGAGGAAGAAGAAGAAAAUGAGGAAGAUGCAGAAGAGUCUGAGGAAGAGGAAGAGUCCGAAGAAUCAGAAUCAGAAGAGAGUGAAGCCGAAACUGAAAGCGAAUCCGAAGCCGAGGAUGCUAGCAAUGCCGAUAAGAAGAGUAAUCUGGAACCUCGACUAAAGAAACAUGAAAGCCGUCUGCUAGCGAUGAAGAAAUGCAAUGUGCUAUUACAGGCCAAUGUAGACAAUUUACAAGAUGAGAUUACACAAAUACGUGCAAAGGCCGCGAAUUUACAAGCCGAAUUAGAUGCAGUAUUGGCCGAUCUGGGCUUCUAAACUAUCUCAGCAGUCAAUUUGGAUUGACAAGUGAAGUUAUGCGUACAAGGAAUGCUAGAUGCGGUAUUCGUCGUCCCUUAUUAUUGUAUUGCGGUAUUUAUAGCUUUUAUUGCGAGUAACUAGAACUUUUUCUAAUAAAACUUACCUUAUGAAAUAAA